GCCAACGUGUGCAUUCAGUAGCCCAUACAUUUUGAUCGCCUCGCACGAUAGCUAUCUACUUUAUUCUUCUUCUGCUUUUUUUUCUUUUGACCUCUCUUUAUGGCUCGUUCCAUUCUUGACUCGAUAUAUUGUUGUGCAACUCGUCAUUAAGCGUGGCACCCGCGACAGCUGUAAACCGGGGCUUUGGCUUUCGUUUUAGAGCACCUGCGCCUAUCGAUGACAAAUGAGCUGUGACGAUUGUGCGCGCAAGGGAGAGAAAAAGAGAGCGAGCGAACGACAGUUUAUAUUGACCUGCUACUGAUGUACUGGUUUAAGCAGUUCAUUUAUUCAUACAUGGAUUUAUCUUUAGUUGAACAAUGUGAUUUUGCCUGUGGUGAGAAGAGCUUAGCAGUUUUCUGUCCAGUAACUAACUGCAAGUCAUAUUUUGUUUGUGUUUGCAACAACAGUCUGCAGCGACCAAAAAUAUUAAGAUAAAAAUGAACGCCUCAGAACACGGGUUUAAUCCAGCGUUUAACAUGGCCUCUAUCAAACAAGCGAUCAAUGAGGCAGUGGAGAGAGUUUCAACAGUGAGAAUGCCGGCACCAACACGUUUACGGGAUCUCAUACGGCAAAUUAGAGCGGCUCGAACUGCUGCCGAAGAAAGAACGGUUGUCAACAAAGAAUGCGCGUACAUUCGUUCCACAUUUAGAGAGGAAGACAGCGUUUGGAGAUGUCGCAACAUUGCUAAACUCUUGUAUAUUCAUAUGUUAGGAUAUCCAGCACAUUUUGGUCAGCUAGAAUGUUUGAAAUUGAUUGCCUCACCAAGGUUUACAGACAAACGCAUUGGAUAUCUCGGAGCAAUGCUUCUUCUCGAUGAAAGACAAGAUGUUCAUUUGUUGAUCACAAACUGUUUGAAAAAUGACCUGAAUAGUUCUACACAAUUCGUGAUUGGUUUAGCUUUGUGUACUCUUGGUGCAAUAGCUUCUCCAGAAAUGGCACGAGAUCUUGCGGCUGAAGUCGAAAGAUUGAUGAAGUCGCCAAACGCAUAUAUCAGGAAAAAGGCUGCGCUUUGUGCUUUUCGAAUAAUCAGGCGAGUUCCAGAAUUGAUGGAAAUGUUUUUGCCAGCCACGAGAAGUCUACUCACUGAGAAGAAUCAUGGCGUACUUAUAACUGGAGUUACGUUAAUCACAGAAAUGUGUGAGAACAGCGUGGAUACACUGAAUCAUUUUAAGAAGGAAUGCGGCCAUCGAGAGAUAGUGCCAAAUCUUGUCAGAAUCCUGAAGAAUUUGAUACUUGCCGGUUACUCUCCGGAACACGAUGUUUCUGGCGUGUCAGAUCCAUUUUUGCAAGUGAAAAUUCUGCGUCUCUUGCGAAUUUUGGGCCACAAUGAUGUUGACGCCUCUGAAGCAAUGAACGACAUUCUCGCCCAAGUUGCUACAAACACGGAGACAAGUAAAAACGUUGGCAAUACCAUUUUAUACGAAACUGUUCUGUCCAUAAUGGAUAUCAAGUCCGAGAGUGGCUUGAGAGUAUUAGCUGUCAACAUAUUGGGUAGAUUUUUGUUGAAUAAUGACAAAAACAUUCGCUAUGUUGCUUUGAAUACGCUAUUAAAGACGGUUUAUGUCGAUACUAGUGCUGUGCAGAGGCAUAGAUCGACUAUUUUGGAGUGUUUAAAAGAUCCAGAUGUGUCGAUAAGACGUCGAGCAAUGGAGCUGAGCUUUGCUCUUGUCAAUUCAAAUAAUAUUAGAAAUAUGAUGAAAGAGCUGUUACUAUUUCUAGAGCGAGCAGAUCCAGAGUUCAAAGCUCAAUGUAGCAGUAAUAUCGUUAUGUCCGCGGAACGAUUUGCCCCUAAUAAACGAUGGCAUCUCGAGACACUUUUCAAAGUUUUAAUUGCUGCUGGAAAUUACGUUAGAGAUGAUGUUGUAGCUUGCACCAUACAACUUAUUUCCGAGACUCAGUCUCAACAAGCAUAUGCCGUUAGUGCUUUGUGGCGAGCAUUAGAAAAAGAUACGUCCGAUAAGCAGCCUCUAACGCAAGUUGCUACGUGGUGUAUAGGCGAGUAUGGUGAUUUGCUUUUAUAUGGGCCACAUCCCGAAGAUGCUGAUGCACCGGUCGACUUGACCGAAGAGGACGUUAUUGAUGUGUAUCAAAAAUUGCUUUGGAGUCCUCAAAAUACAAUUGUAACAAAGCAAUACACGUUGCUGUCUCUAAUGAAACUUAGUACACGAUUCCAAAAAGGAAACGAUACGCUACCUCCAUUUUUCAGGAAAAUCCGUCAAAUUGUCGACACAUUUGGUAGCAAUUUGAACAUUGAAUUACAACAACGAGGAAUCGAAUUUUCGCAAUUAUUUAGAAAAUAUGAACACAUGAGACCUGCAUUGUUAGAGCGAAUGCCUCCAAUGGAAACAGCGAGACCACAGGCUAAUGGGAUUAUUGGUAUGGUUAAUGGAGAGCCGGAGUCUGUAGAGGAGAAGCCUUCAUAUAGCGAACCUGUAAAUACUGCACCCUCAUCUGAUUCAAGUGCUCUUUUGGAUUUACUUGGUAGUAGUGAUUUAAGCUCGCCAGUUUCAACUGCGCCUGCUAGCAAUAUAUCUGUUACUUCGACACCUAUUACGAAUAAUAAUGAUCUGCUAGACUUGCUAGGAGGUUUAGACUUAUCCACACCUACCCCAACGCCAACAGUACCUCAACAGCAGUCACCACAACGGAUUUUCAGUCCCACAAGUACCUCUAAUUAUCUAGUAGAUGGUUUAUUAAACUCUUCGUCUAUGCCAAUACAAAGUGUUCCAGAGGCACCCAGUAUGAUCGUUUAUGAUAAGCAAGGUUUGAAAAUUACGUUUAGAUUAGAAAGACCAAUGGACAAUCCAGACUUGUUAGUAAUAAAUAUGGUUGCUAAUAAUUCAGGAUUGAUGGAAAUCACAGAUUUCUUAUUGCAAGCUGCUGUUCAAAAGACAUUCCAAUUAACAAUGUUAUCGCCGUCGAGCACUUUACUUCCUUCUUCCGGACAAAUUACUCAAGUAUUGAAAGUUAAUAACAUAAAUAGGGGAGCGUUAAAAAUGCGCCUUCGUAUAUCGUAUAAAGGACCGACUGGAGUCGUCCUCGAACAAGUUGACGUGAACAAUUUUCCCCAAAUAACGGUGCAGUGACAACUCGUCAUGCCGAAGCCAAUUGUAUAUAUGCCUGC